GCUCCUCGUUCGUGCCCGGUUCAUUCACUCCCUACAGCCGACGGGAAAAGGCGCACCUUGAGACGCUGGAAUGCACAGAACCGCGUCGCUCCUGCUGUGUCUCUAUCUGGGGUGCUUGGCUUGCGAAGGAGCCAACCCCUGUUGCUCCCAGCCAUGCCAGAAUCGAGGUGUGUGUACAGAACUUGGCACUGAUGCUUAUGAAUGUGACUGCACACGCACUGGAUACUAUGGGCAAAACUGCACAACACCUGAGCUCCUCACCUGGAUCAAAGUGUCCCUAAAACCAUUGCCGAACACAGUGCACUACAUCCUCACACACUUCAAAGGCCUAUGGAACAUCAUUAACAAUAUUUCAUUUAUGCGGGAUGCCAUCAUGCGUUAUGUUCUGACAUCACGUUCCCAUCUGAUUGACAGCCCUCCAACAUUCAAUUCCGACUAUGGCUACAAGAGCUGGGAGGCCUAUUCCAACCUGUCCUACUUCACACGGACCUUACCCCCUGUUCCUCAGGAUUGUCCAACGCCGAUGGGUGUCGCAGGUAAAAAAGAGCUACCAGAUGUAAAGAUAGUUGCAGAAAAGCUUCUGCUGAGAAGAAAGUUCAUCCCUGACCCGCAGCGAACAAGCCUCAUGUUUGCCUUUUUCGCCCAGCACUUUUCACACCAGUUCUUCAAAACCGACAUGAAGAAAGGUCCAGCCUUCACCAGAGCAAAGGGCCAUGGAGUUGAUCUGAGUCACAUUUAUGGAGAAGAACUGGAACGCCAGCACAAGCUCCGACUCUUUAAAGAUGGGAAGCUAAAAUUUCAGAUUCUGGAUGGUGAGGUAUACCCACCUACUGUCAGUGAUGUUCAGGUGGACAUGCACUAUCCUCCUCACGUGCCUGAGUCUCACCGCUUUGCUGUGGGCCAUGAAGCCUUCGGCUUGGUCCCAGGCCUCAUGAUGUAUGCGACAAUUUGGCUUCGGGAACACAACCGCGUCUGCGACAUUCUUAAACAGGAGCAUCCGGACUGGGAUGAUGAGCGACUCUUCCAGACUUCAAGGCUGAUCCUCAUAGGUGAGACCAUUAAGAUUGUGAUUGAAGAUUAUGUGCAGCACUUGAGCGGCUACCACUUCAAGCUCAAAUUUGAUCCAGAGCUCCUCUUCAAAGAGCGUUUUCAGUACCAGAACCGGAUCUCCUCUGAGUUUAACACUCUCUACCACUGGCACCCACUCAUGCCUGAUGACUUUCACAUCCAGGACGAGGUUUUCAGCUUCAAGCAGUUCAUCUUCAACACCUCCAUUUUGACAAACUAUGGGGUCAAUAACCUGGUGGAAUCGUUUACCAAGCAGAUAGCAGGAAGGGUGGCCGGUGGUCGUAAUGUUGCUCCUGCAGUGUUGAUGGUGGCAAUGAAGUCUAUAGAGAACAGCAGACAGAUGCGAUAUCAGUCACUGAACGCUUACAGGAAGCGCUUCAACUUGAAACCCUAUGUCUCCUUUGAGGAUAUGACAGGUGAGAAGGAGAUGGCGGCAGAGCUGGAGGAGCUGUACGGAGACGUGGACGCCGUGGAGCUAUACACCGGUCUGCUAGUGGAGAAACCUAGACAGAACGCCAUCUUCGGGGAAACCAUGGUGGAGAUGGGUGCCCCAUACUCUCUGAAAGGCCUUAUGGGAAACCCCAUUUGCUCCCCUGAGUACUGGAAGCCCAGCACAUUCGGUGGCAAAGUUGGAUUUGAUAUUAUAAACACUGCCUCACUGCAGAAGCUGGUCUGCAAUAAUGUCAAGGGGCCGUGUCCCAUUGCAUCUUUUUACGUGCCCAAUGUAAAAGAUUCAGUACCAACCACCAUCAACGCAAGUACAGCCCAUUCAAGUCAAAAAGAGGUCAACCCAACAGUAAUACUUAAAGAAAGGACUUCUGAGCUCUGAUUACCCACCACUGUGAUGGAACUAAUACUAUUAUUUAUUUAUUUAUUUAUUAUUGCUAUAUUUAUUAUAUUUAUUAUAUUUUAACUAAAAGAGCAUUUUUGUACAAAUGUUGUAUAUAAAAGGUAGAAAUAUUUCUAUGUUUCUGUAUUUAUUUUUAGUGCAUUAAGUUUUGUAUUUUUGACCUCAGAUUUUAGCACUGUAAUUAAGCUUUUUACUGUGUUUUGUGGUGUUUUUCAAAAUCAUACUUGAAUUGAACAGAUUGAGUUUACAAUGUGUUAAAUGUCAGAUUCUAUUAAGUAUAUAAGUUAUUAUUAAAUAGCUUCUAUCUGCCUGUUCAGUCUAUGUUUACCUGUCUUUCCUUCACAAUCUUAUUUAUAUUUUAUAGCUGCAGCAUCUCAGACUCGUUGUAUAAUGCAAUUAGAUCUGUCACAAUGCCACUUUCUAUUCAUUUAACUUGUUUGAUGAGUAACUGUACUGUAUUUUUUUUACGUUAAGUCAGGUAAAGAAAAGUGAAUAGUAACUAUGCAACGUUAUAAUAAACAACCAUUUCUAUCAAA